GAUGGGUACGCUCUAUGGGCUAGUCGAUAGCUGUCGUCGCGUACGCAAUAAGUUGCGGCGUUGCUAAUCGCCGUGGUAUUAAGUUCCUAAGUCCCGAUUUUUUGUCGGUGACGACGUCUCUACUACGAUUACACGAGGGAGGCGUUAUAUAUACCAUGCGUGAGAGGUGAGAGCUUAUGCUACACAACACACACACAAACUUCUUCACUAUGAUCGCUCUCGUUAGAACUUUCCUCGUCCUCGGCGCGUGGUCUUCCAUAUGCGUAGCUAACCCAAUGACAGGGUCUCCGCACGCGACUAGGGCAUUACAAAAUAUCGGAAUAGACCCGCAGAGCAUGGCCAUGGGCAGUGGGAUCAGUGUCCCAAAGAUCGCCUUUCUCUACUCAAGCAAUAGCGGCAAAUUUGUACGAAUUCACAGCGCGCAUGCGGAUGGAGCAGGGAACAGGCAAGAAAACAAAGCCAAACUGAUCAUAGAGUCUACAGCAUUUGGCGGUCAAGUGCGCGUCAGAUCCUUUCACGAUAAUAAAUACCUGUGUAUAACAAGACAUGGGGAUAUUAGCAUUGAGGAAUCGGUACUAGGGAGAUCCCUCGACCGAUGUGCGUUUAUCCAGAAGCAACAGAAAGGGUUUACCGUCUUUAUCUCCAAAAUCCACAAAACAUGGGCUCUUGGAGUUCGAAACGAUGGAAGGAUAAAGCCGGCGAGGAAAACAACAUCAACUCAAAGAGCAGCACAUUUUCUCGAGUUAUAGAUGACCGCGAUUUCUAGAGUUAUAGGAUGACCGUGAUUUCUAGGGUUAUAGGAUGACCGCAAUUUCUCGAAUUAUAGGAUGACUGCAAUUUCUCGAAUUAUAGGAUGACCGCGAUUUCUAGAGUUAUAGGAUGACCGCGAUUUCUCGAGUUAUAGGAUGACCGCGAUUUCGCGAGUUAUAAGAUGACUGCAAUUACUCGAGUUAUACGAUGACCGCAAUUUCUCGUUUUAGAAUGACCGCAAGUUAUCGUGUUAUAGGAUCAUUAUGAGAGUAACAUACUAUGAUAAAAUAUUUAUUGCUUAAAAAAUAUUUUAUAUGUUAUAUGCUGACAAAUUCUAUGUAGACCUAUCUUAAAGUUAUUUAUUAUUUCAUCUUUAAAAGAAAAAGAUUGUAAAUAUUUAUUUAAAGAUUUUAGAAGUAUGUAUAUUUUGGAUAAUUUUUAUACAAAAGAACUAUUUAUUAUCAUUAUAAGUUAUAUAAAUUAUUUGUGAAUAAAAAAAAUGAAAGCCUAAAAAAA